AUGAGGUCCAAAAGACGAGCGAUAACGGCUGCACAAUCAGAUGCAUUCCGUAACGCCAUUUCAAGUUGCGAGGGUAAACUGAAGAAGCUGAAAACCCUCUACAAGAAUGGAGUUCACUGGCAGAAGUGUCAAUCUCUCGUCCAAGAGAUACAUGGCGAACUUGAAACUGCUAUAAACCCAGCUGCCAAGCAGCCAGAUGAGUCGGUCAUCCACGUCAAGACAACCAAGGCUAGGGCUAAAUCCCGAACAAUCAACAAGCCAUCAACCCGAACAAGCCCUCGUCGACGUGAGGCUUUAGUAGCACCUAUCCCCGAACAGGUAUACAUGGCCUACUGCCACAUGUCUAAGAGCUGGUUUGCCGUUCGAGUCCUACAUAUCGAGGGGAUUGAGUCUUGUGGACUUCAUGAGUCACUUCCUGACUGCUUCAACUGCGAUGAUGAAGGCCAUUUUGAUUGGAAACAAGGCUAUGAGGAUGGCGGUCCCCUCAUCUCUUGUCGGCAGUUUCCCGUCAUGUUCUUUGGGGGGGCUUCAACAUUUGAGCGAGAACGGUAUGGUUGGGUCGCUGCCAAAGAUCUUCAGUCGUUUGACCCACAAGGGUAUCAAGCUUCCCUCGUUCCCCAUUACAACGCGGUGCUCACCUUCAUUGCCGAGAGGAAUUGCCCAUCUCCUGGCAACAUAACCUGUGAGCUCCAAAAGGUAGCUGAGGUAGAAACAACCGGCCCUCAUUCUAUUACCAUAGAAACUUUGGCAGCGACUUCCUUUUCUUCAGCUGGAGCCCAAGACAUCAGGACUCAUCAAGGCUUCAACCCAAAUGUACCGGGGCGCAUUUCCUGCGAAAAGAGGAAGAUUGCAUCCGCUGCAAUGGAACUGUUGACAAAACCCACCUCUGCCUCUUUGAUUCAACCGAUGUCUGCUUCGUCAGAGAACUCUCCAACGUUCUACAACCUGCCUCCUCUGAAUCCCGCCCCUGCCGGAAACACCAAGUCUCUACCCACGAUUCGGUCUCUCAUUGAGAAAGUCUCUGCAGAUAGGCACUCCAGUAACUAUACAGCUGCGACCUACCGAGAGGUGGUGCCCAGGGUCGAGUGGCCAUCAUUAUCAAGACCAAUAUACAAGAGACAGGUAACUCGGUCACCUAGAAUCUUGCCAGCACCGUUUAACAGAGACUCACAGAGAUACAAUCCUAUGCUUUCUGAGAACAUAAAGAUACUUAGAGCCCAUCUAAAUAAAUUUAUAUAGCGAUCCUCAGCCAGCUAGUUCAAUUCAGGUUUCAAUUUCAUCUUAUUUCCGC